AUGUCAGCAGUUGACACGAGCACCACCGCCGAGGCCAAACCGAUGACGAAGGCCAAGGCCAACUACUUUUUCACUUCCGAAUCCGUCUCGAUGGGUCACCCGGACAAGGUGGCCGAUCAGAUCUCGGAUGCCGUGCUGGACGAGAUGCUGGCGCAGGACCCGGGGAGCCGCGUGGCGUGCGAGACGAUGGUCUCGACGGGCAUGGCGGUCGUGGCGGGCGAGGUGACGACGAAGGCGUACGUGGAGAUCCCGGACGUGGUUCGGAACACGAUCCAGCGGAUCGGGUACACGUCGUCGACGAUGCGGUUCGACCAUGAGGCGUGCGCGGUGCUCGUUUCGCUGAAGGCGCAGUCCCCGGAUAUCGCGCAGGGCGUGGACCGCGAGGGGGCGGGCGACCAGGGGCUCAUGUUCGGUUACGCGUGCAAGGAGACGGAGUCGCUCGCGCCGGGGAGCUACAUGCCGCUGCCGCUGUACCUGAGCCACCGCCUGGUCGAGAAGCACGCGGAGGUGCGCGAGGCGGGGGGCAUCCCCGCGCUGCGCCCGGACGCGAAGAGCCAGGUGACGCUCGAGUACGACGCGAACGACAAGCCGGUGCGCGUGCACACCGUGGUGCUCUCCACGCAGCACGGGCCGGAGUGGUCGAGCGAGGCGAAGCAGAAAGAAUUGCACAAAGAGGUGAUCGAGAAGAUCAUCAAGCCGACGCUGGGCGACGCGUGGUGGAACGACGAGAUCAUCGUGCACGUCAACCCGACGGGCGUCUUCGAGCUGGGCGGGCCGCACGGCGACGUGACGUACAAAGAUCAGCAGGGCAAGACGCAGACGGCGACGUGCUUCACGUGGGAGCGGGUGGAUAAGGCUGAGGCGCUGAAGAAGGCGUGUCUGUAA